AGCAUAAGUUUAUUGGACCUGAGAAAAGGACGUGAUUUUAUUGAUUAAAUGAAUUUUGAUAAAUGAAUAACAAUAAUCUCUUUCACUUUUUGCUCUUCUUUUUGCUUCAAAUGAAAAGACAUUCUACAUCAUUCAGCUCAGAGAGACCUUCAAAAGGCGCAAAGCUAAAUGAAUGUACAGUAGCACCAACUCAAGAAGUGAAUUAUUCCAGCACAGUAAAUCAAGAGGUACAACAAAAGAUUGAUAAGCAAAAUGCACUUUUAAAAUUCAAAACAGAGCAAAAGACUCUAAAGGAAGUCAAGUGCUCCUCAUGUGGGUUAACAACACAUGCGCGAUCAACGAAUAACUUCCCUGAUGAAAGGGUUGAAAACUUUGUAAGCAAGACAUCCUUACCUAAUGUUUGUAACAAUCAACAACUUGUUCAGCAUACCAAGGAUCUAGCAGAUUAUACCACCAAAGUUUUGUUUGUUAGAUCUCUUUUUGCCAAUUUCAUCUUCAUCAAACUGCUCGAUGAUGGUCAGGCUAUUUCAAUUAUUGAACAAAGUUUAUUCACAAAUAUAUUUGCGGCAAUGACUGGAAAUGGAAAGAGAGCACCAAACUAUCUCAAAGAAUACUUCACUCUUUUCUGUGAAUUGACAACUGUAGACCGCGACUCUUUAAAAAGUAUAAACUAUUCAAGUAUUCUUUCCAUUGCUGGUAAGCAAUACGAAGUCCUGACACACGAACAAAGAUCGAUAGCUAACUGUUCCUUGGUAUAUUUCAUUUACAAACAAAAACAAGGUUCAGAGCCAUCUUGGCCAUCUUCUGUCCCAUGCACAAGCAUGUGGUCUAAAUACCAACCAGAUCAAUGUGAUUCCGAUACGCUUUAUUCAAAGCCUCACCUGUUUUUCAAGUGGUUCUACUUUCUGUCGCAAGAAGUGCAAAAAAAAUCGCUUCCAAAGUGUAUGUGUAUUGUAAAUUCAGAGAGCUUCCAUUCACUGAUGUUUUGAGCAAAAAGAAUUUUAAUUCUUUAAGAGAAGAACACUGAAGUCAAUCAAUUCCUACAAGACGUUUGCCCCAGGAAAAAAACUAGCCAAGCUUACUCCUCAACAAGUAUCAGUAGUUCAAAAUUUUAUUGAUACAGUUAAAACAAGAAUAUAAGAUGUCACAUUCACUCCUGCUAAAUACACUGAUAAAAUAGGAUGUCGCUUUUUUUCCAUUGCGCCUAUAUAUUCCGUUCAGAUAAAAUCAAUCCAAAUUGAUGCUCAAGCUUUGUGGAGACUAGUGAAACAAUGUGGCAUACCAAAUUACCCGAAAGGAAAAAAAACCGA